AUGUUGAGCUCGACGUCGUCGUCGAGGACGGGUGUCGCGAGCUCUUCUCCUUCGGGUGAAAAGAAUGUAAUGAGAAAAACGACGUGUCAAUUCUCGACCGGCAUCUCGACCUCCCAACACCGCGCGAAGAAGAAGAAGAAGAAGGAGGAAACGCUAAACUGCUCUGAGAAAAGGGGCGAGACGAUACAAACGAGAUCAUCGUUUGUUGUUCGCGCGACAAAAAGUGACGAACGCAGCUCCAGCGCGGGGGAGUAUUUCACGAGCAACAAAAACAAUACGUACACAUUAUCCUCUCACUCGAGGAAGAAGGACAAAAACAACAAUUUGGUCGCACACGCGUUUGAUGCGACCAUGGACGAGAAUAAAGAAGAUAAUAACAGCGAGAUCAAGAAAAUAGUAAAACCUAGAUUUGGCAUGGCUAUAGAUCCGGAAGUGUUACCUCGCAACGACGAGACGGAUAAGUUAAUCAUGAAACUGUUCAUACCGGCGGUGUUAAAUUUUCUUAUCAUUCCUUUGGUUGGCAUCGUUGACGUAUUUUGGGUAGGAAGAAUGGGCGAUGCGGUCGCGUUGGCAGCGCAAGGCGCGGCGAAUCAAGUUUUUCAGUCGGCAUUUUGGAUCAUAUCGUUCAUUCCUUCCGUAGUGGCGCCGAUGGUGGCGAGAGCGGCUGCGGGUGGGGAUAAAGCCGAGUUGCAGAAUAAAAUCGGCGAAGGGAUAUUUUGCGCGUUUAUAGUCGGUUUGUUCGGGAUGACUGUGAUGGGAUGUUUGAGGAAUCCUGCGUUAGGUUUAGUUGGUCUAGAUCCGGUUUCAGCGACUGGGAUACAAGCGGCGCCAUACAUCGGGAUUCGAGCGUUGACGUUUAUUCCGGCGAUUGUCAGUACGGUUGGAUUCGCGGCGUUUCGAGGUACGUUGGACGUGACGACGCCAAUGAAGAUUACGUUGGCGUCACAGUUAAUGAACGUUAUUUUAGAUCCGAUAUUUAUUUUUGGUUUUGGGAUGGUUAAAGCUUUAGGAGUGGCUGGUGCCGCGUUGGCGACGUCGAUGAGUGAGUUAGUCGCCGCUGGGUUGUACAUCGGGACUUUAUUGAAACGAAAUUUGGUUACGGUGAGGUCAAUAUUGAAACCGCCAGAUGCGAAAGCGAUUGGUGCUUUACUCGUUGGUGGCGCCGGAGUGCAGUUGCGAUCGCUUGCGCAAAAUAUUACGUUUUUAGCGGUGACGAGAACGAUUUUGACGAUGGAUAGUACGGGCACCGCGGCGGCGGCACAUACGGUUAGCUCGCAAGUUUUUCAGCUCGGCGCGAUUGCUAUCUUGGCGUUGUCGACGAUUGCGACGAUUUUGAUCCCGCAGCGAAUGCACUCGAAAGAGUUGGGCGGCCCGUUGGCGGCAAAAGCUGUCGCGGAUAGAUUGUUAGCUUGGGGCAUUCUAAUCGGAGUUUUCUUGUUCUUCAUGCAAUCGGCGGCAAUUUUUGCCCUUCCGUUUUUCACGCCGAUCAAAGACGUGCAGACAUUUGCUGUUUUACCGACCUUGAUUGGAGCGGCGUUGCAGCCAUUAAACGGUAUCGUAUUUGUUGCGGAAGGGUUGAUGCAAGGUCACCAAGCCUUUUUGCGACUUGCGGGCGGUAUGUUUGUGAGCACCGGGGUGAUGUUGACUGCGUUGAGAUUUGAAGGGUCGACGUUACCAGGCGUGUGGAUGUGCUUCGCAGCGUUCAACACGUGUCGACUUUUGUUUGCGUUGAGACAUCACUUCGUAGAUGGGCCGUUAGGGUGGAAGCACUUGAACGCGAAUCAGAUGAAAUGGGAAGAGACGAAUAAAUCGGCGUAA